CUACCUAAUUUGGUAUAUGGGCGGGGAUCAUGGGUGGAGGGCUUUGCCUACCAUGCCUGUAGUAGUCCGGACCAGGACCUAGUCUACUCCUGUCAAGAACCAUUGGAGAGCCGAAGAGAACAAAGGAUACCAGUUAAAUAAAAGAAAGAUCCUUCUGCCUCAGAUACAACCCUGCAGCAUUGGAACAGAACAGAUCCAGAGCAAAAUCAGGUGACUUCACCGCAAUUAAACUUUCCCCCGAAGUCCGGUGUCCUCUACAUCCCAUCAUGCCGUUGGUAAUAGUCCACUCCAACCCCCUGUUUUGGCUGCGUCUGGCGGCGAUGGCCUUCUCCUGCGUGGCGUUCUCGGUGGCCGUCCACGGCGCCUACCUUAGCCACGGCACGGGGGACUGGUGCAUCUUCUGCUGGGCCUUCAGCUUCGCCGGCUCCCUGGUCGUCCUCCUGGUGGAGCUGUUUGGCCUGCAGACACGCGCCCCCGUCUCCUGGAAGAACUUCCCCAUCACCUUUGCCUGCUACGCCGCCCUCCUCUGCCUCUCCGCCUCCAUCAUUUUCCCCCUCUACUUCCUGAAGGGGGAGACGCGGAGCAGCGAGAUCCGCGACUACCGCAUCGUGGCCACCGUCUUCUCCUGCCUGGCCACCGUGGCCUACAUGAGCGAGGUCAGCGUCAGCAAGGCACGGCCGGGCGAGGUCGCCGGCUACAUGGCCACCGCUCCGGGGCUGCUCAAGGUUUGCGAGACCUUCGUGGCCUGCAUCAUCUUCGUCUUCAUCAGUGACCCCGUGGGCUACGACCAGCACGAGGCGCUCAAGUACUGCCUGGCCGUCUACUGCAUCUGCUUCAUCCUGUCGGCGGCCAUCAUCGUGCUGUGCAUCUGCGAAUGCACCGGUUGCCUGCCCUUCCCCUUCGCCCGCUUCUUGUCUGCGUACGCCCUUGUGGCUGUCCUCCUGUACUUCUCAGCCACUAUCAUUUGGCCCAUCUUCAAGUUUGACAGGAGGCACGGGGGCACAUCAAGACCCCCAGGCUGCAGCUCCUAUGUGGGACUUUGCACUUGGGACAAGGUGAUGGCCGUGUCCGUGCUGACUGCAGUCAACCUGAUCCUCUAUGUGGCAGACCUGAUCUACUCGGCUAGGCUUGUCUUUGUGAGCGUCUAAGGGAGGGGAGGAAGAGGGAUGGAGAGACGGGCUGAAAAGAGAGAGAGCUGGGGAUGGAUGUGCAAGGGUAGGAGAGAAAGGGGACAAGGCCUGAAGCGCAGUAUGAGAAAGUAUUAGUUCAAGAAGGAGAAAUAAAUGGCUUACUGUGCUUUGCUUUAUGUAGCUGUCAUUGUCCCACCAAUAGCCAUUCUAAUAUUUGUUGAGCAGAACUUCCACAUUAUUUGGGAGUUUCCAAAGUUGCAUUAUCUAACGUACGGACAUCCUAUAGGCCAAACAAGCUGACAAUUACUAUACUAUCACAUAAUUGAGCCCAAAACAUUUUAAGAUCUGACAAUGAACACACAUAUAUCUGAAAGAUUGACAUAGGGGUUUUACUGAUAUCUUUUUAUUUCAUGGAAACCUCGAGCAGGUGAAGGUGUUAAACAGUUCAUUGGCGUUUUAGUUGUAAUUGGUUGAAAUAUGAAUGAAAAAACACAAUGUAAACUGAUAAAAUGAUGUGUGCAGCUCCAAUGUUUUCAAGACUUGAAGUUGUAUUUGAUGUAUUUGAAUACAUGUAAAGAUGAACAUUAGCCUAGUUUUUGCAUAUACUAUUUGACAUGUUCCCACAGACUACAGUAUUAAAGAUAUAGAUAUGUAAUCGAAUGUAAUGUAUUCAUUUUGGAGACGCUUUUAUAAAAGCAACACACAGAGGAGAUUUGAACCUGUGACCUCUAGAUCUACAGUCAAAUGCUGUACCCUCAACUAGAUACUGUCUCUAUAGAAAGUAUGUUUUUAAAAACAAGCAUUUACUGUAAAACAAGGUAACUUGUAAAACAUCCACUGUAUAAUGCACACUUAUUGUUUGAACUAUGUACAUCAAUUCUCUGUGUGGUGCUGUCACCAAUAACUGAAUUUGAAGGCAGAUAUUUCUAUUGAAAAGAUAAAAAUAUGUUUUUAAUGUGGAACAGUGGUUUGUACUGCUGUAACUGUUUACUAGUCUCCUGGUGGAGGUCAUCCUUCAUUAUAUCAGGUCUAAAAGAGAGAAAGAGAAUGAUCUGGUUCUCUCUACCUCCCAGCUCAUUAUCACUGCUUGUCAUCACGUUUUUGUUAUUCUGCUGUGUCCGUGCAUACCAAAAAAGUGUUAUAAAAAAUAUAUAACCAGUGUUAAAAGUCAGUGUUUCAAUAAAACCCAUGUGACAGAAA